GAACGCCGAGGUGCAUGUACACCAUGGUCAACUACAUGCCCCAGCAUCCCCAGGCCCAGCACCACCAAGAUGCGCUGGACAAUGACCUCCUCCGCGUCAUGAUGCUCGUCGAUGAGCUCAGUGCCCAGCUCGCCGCCAACCAGAAGGUCGCGAGCACGCUCAAGACCCAGGCCUCCAGCUUGAAUAAGCAGGCGUCCGACAAUGGAUCUGGGUUCUCUCUAAGGCGGGUUAACACGGAUAUUUCGCAAGAAACGUUCGAGUCCGACCUGGAGCGCACGAACGCUAAAAUAAUUAUCGAGAACCAGACGCUGCUUCAUGAGAACAAGCAGCUCGAUCUGCUCGUCAAGGAGUACGAGCACACGAUGGAGACUGUCAUGUCCAAGUUUCGGAGCCACACUCUUGCAGCUCAGCAGCAUGAGCUCACGUUAACGCGUCACUACGCCGGCCUUCUGCAGGCGUGCGACUCUCAGAAGUCGCAUCCCGAGCUCAUGAUGGACGCACACACGGCCAUGGGCCUCCAGCGGCUCGCCCACUCUCUCCGCGCCCUCGCGCGCUCCAUGACAUCCAACGAACCACACUCCCCUUACUCCUCCUCUUACAGCCAACAGCCCUCAGACCCCGACAUCCCCGCACUCAUCGAAGCCCUCUCCUCCGACCCUCCCCCACCCACCGCCGCCGACGCUGAUACCGACGCUGAAGUUGACGCCGCCGCCGACGCGCCCGCACCCGCGCCCACACUGCCGCUGUUAGACUGGGCCUCCGAGCGCGAAGCCGAAAUCGCGCGGCUCGAGGCCGAAAACGCGCAGCUCCGCAAGCAGCUCGAGAUCGACGACGCCACGAUGUCGUCGCACGGCGUCGCCCCCGCGCUCGCCCGCGACGAGUCCGUCCGCCUCUCCGCCCUGCUCAACCCCGUCGCCGCCCGGCGUGCGCGCGCUGAGAGCGCAGCCGCGAAGCCGCCCGGGUGGGGCUCGGACGAGCCGGGCCCGUGGGGAGGCUGGGAGGGGCACCCUGGGGGCGGGAUGAACGGGCCCGGUGGGGGCGGAGGCAUGGGAGGAGGUAUGGGAGGAGGAGGCGGCGGCGGGGGCAUGGGCGGAGGGCAGCACCAGCAGUGGGGCCCACCGGGCAACGGUCCACCGCUGCAGCGCGCGAUGGACCUGCAGUCGGGCAUCCGCCCGCCCGCGCGCAGACCGCCGAUGUUCGUGCGCGGCAGCGGCGGCGGCCCCGCGCCGCCCGUGACGAUCAACCCGUCCGCUCAGCAGAACCACAAUCAAAACCAGAACCAGAAUCAGAAUCAGAAUCAGAACCAGAACCAGGGCCGCGGGAGCAUGCUCGGGCAGUGGUCGCAGCAGCCCCUGGGCACGAUGAAUCAGGGAGGGAUGAACGACCGCUGGUGGGGCGGGCCGGGAAGCAACUCCGCGCUCGAUAUGGGCCGUUAGCUGGCGUCGGUUGUCGCCUGGUCUGGCUCGUUCAGUGGAGGCGAGAGCCGCAGAGGUUUGCUUGGAUGUCUGUCGUCUUGUUUUCUGUAUAUGCAUGUGCAAUUUUGAUACCAUAAUCCGCAAUAUCAAUGGUAGUAAUACCCAG